CAGCUCCCUCAGUCCCUCGCCCCAGCUUCGCUGAAGGGGCCGGGCUUGGGGGCAGGGCGGGGCCUCGCCGGCUCGCGGCCCGUUGCCUUGACGACCGCAGCAAGAUGGAGACGCCGCCGAGCUUGCUGCAGCGGCCGGACCCCGGGGCGCUUAGCGCCGCGCAGCUGGAACAGCUGCGAAAAUUCAAGAUUCAGACUCGGAUUGCUAACGAAAAGUACCUAAGGACCCACAAAGAAGCAGAGUGGCUCAUAAGUGGUUUCUUCAGAGAAAUAUUUUUGAAAAGACCAGACAACAUCCUAGAAUUUGCUGCAGACUACUUCACGGAUCCAAGACUUCCCAGCAAAAUUCACAUGCAGCUAAUUAAAGACAAGAAAGUGGCUUAAUUAGCAAAAUCAUGAUGCUCGGCUGUUGGGAGAGACCAGACAGAAUCCAGCCUCAGGGGUCAUCUGGAGGCAUGAGAGCCCUCCUGCCAUCAGUGUGGGUUUCCAAGCUGCCUUGGGCUCUGUCUACUGUCGCAAAAGCUUUCAAAGAUAUUCAUUAAACACAGACCUUCCUGCUC